AUGGCGUCGCCUACCCCGAACGAAGACGGCCGUUCUCCUCCGCUAAGCAACUUCCCCCAGGAUCCUUCGGAAUUCGACAGCGACCCGCGCAUCUCGUUCUCGAAGCUCGACAACAAGUUCAUCUUGGAAACAGAGGACGGACAGGAAUUUGAAUAUGAUACGGUGCUAAAGAGAUGGAUUCCGACGCAAGAAGCAUAUAAGGUCCAGGGUGUCAAUGAGGAGGAACAAAUUACUGCGGCGCAGUUGAGGAAGAAGCGCAAGCAACAGGCUUCUACGGAAGAGGGCAAUGGGCAACAGAAGCCUAAGAAACAGCGCGUCAAUACCGCCGUCUAUGUGACUUCGAUUCCUCUGGAUGCUGAGUUCGAUGAAAUCCGUGAUGUCUUCUCCAAGUGUGGUGUUAUCGCUGAGGAGAUCGAUAGCGGCCGACCGCGCAUUAAGAUGUACACUGAUGAGAGUGGCAAGUUUAAGGGUGAAGCUCUCGUUGUGUACUUCCGACCGGAGUCUGUCAACCUCGCGAUACAGAUGCUGGAUGAUUCGAACUUUAGGAUCGGGGUACCCGGUCCGCAGGGGCCUAUGCGAGUGCAGCAUGCGGAUUUCUCGUUCAAGAGUCAGCAAGAGGCGCCUACGAAGACUAGUAUGAGGGAUAAGAAGAAGAUUAUGCGCCGGACACAGAAGCUGAAUAGCAAACUUGCUGAUUGGGACGAUGACGAUCCGUCUGCCUUGCCGGACACGACUUCCCGCUUUGAUAAGCUCGUGAUCUUGAAACAUAUGUUCACGUUGAAAGAAUUGGAGGAGGAUCCUGCAGCUAUCCUUGAUAUCAAGGAAGAUAUUCGGGAGGAGUGCUCGAAGCUGGGGGAUGUGACCAACGUUGUACUCUACGAUAAGGAACCCGAGGGAGUGGUGAGCGUUCGCUUUUCCGAUCCCGAGGCAGCCAGGAGUUGUGUCAAGAUGAUGGAUGGGCGGUUCUUCGCUGGCACCCGGGUCGAUGCCUAUAUUGCAGAUGGCAGUGAGAAAUUUAAGAAGACCAAUGAGAAGCGUGCGGCACUGGAGGAUCUGGCGGAGAAAGGACUGGAUGCGUCCGAUGAAGAGGAGGAGCAGCGAUUGGAUGAGUUUGGCACGUGGUUGGAAAGCUCUCAUACGGUCGAGAACACGGCCAAGUGA